GGGCUGAGAACCCUGACCCCUGCCACACAGAGCCACUUGGGAUUGGCUGGCAGGUUUCUGUGAUGUCACAGGCACUGAGGAUGCGCACUUUGGGCUGGGAGGCGACCAGUGGCCAGUAGUGAGUCUACUGCCCAACUGACCAGGUGUUGGUAGCAUAGGCAGGAGGCACAUUUGAGAGAAUCCAAUGGAUUCAAGAUGGAGGUGAGUGGGACUGGCUCUCUGCAUGGCCUGUGAUGCAGGGAAGGUCGCGCCCAGAUUGGAUAUGGACACCCAGAGGUACCGGAGGGCCCUGGAGCGAGCAGCGAUCAUCAUGAAAUAUGAGCAGGUCCCCUCUUGGCUGCAGGGAUGCCGAGGAGCGGCACUGUUGGAGCCUGAAGAAGAGGAUGAUGAGGGCGGCUGCCUCGUCCCAGACAGGCUUGGGUUCCUGCAUGAGCAGAAGUUGCCCCAAGACAGCACCCCGGGGGCAAAGUGCAAACAAGUGCGCAGGAUCCAGAAAUGGGUGAAAAUGAUAAAGAAUCAUAGCAAAUACCAUGGCAGCGAGAAGUUUCAGCGGAGAAUCUACAAGGGCAUCCCUGCCCAGGUGCACGGGAAGGUGUGGGCUGUGAUGCUGGAGGUGGACAAGAAGAAGGCCCAGAAUCCGGGCAAAUAUGAGGAGAUGAAAGAGCAGGCCAGGCUGGGCGCCACUCACUUCCAUCACAUCGACUCCGCCAUCACAUGGACUUUUAGAAACCACCUGAUGUUCUGGGAACAUUACGGAAUGAAAUUACAUCAACUUUCCAAAAGACACUGUGGAGAGAAUGAAAUGAAAGGUAUUAUUUCUAGAAUAUUCAAGGAGCCCUUCAACUCAGUAACAAGGAAGCAGUGGGCACCUCCCAGCGCCCCAGGGACACAGGCUCAGGUGGGCCCCUUCAUGAAAGCACACACAAUUCACCUCCUCAGCGCAUGAACACAUGCUUAGCACCUAAACCACAACGGGGCACCAGCGCACAGCUGUGGGAAUGGGGGAACUAAGACCACCGAGGACGCCGUGUGCUGGGGAGAAGACAACGCUCCUUAUUUGAGGUGCUCCUCGCAUACUCAAUGUACAACCCCGAGGUGGGCUACAGCCAGGGCCUGAGCCAUGUGGUGGCGCUCCUGCUUAUGUAUAUGCCCGAGGACUCUUUCUGAGCCCUGGUCCAGCUCAUGGAAAACAGCAAGCACGCGAUGCAUGGUUUUUACAAACCGAACACCCCAAAACUGGAGCGAUUCCAGCAACACCUGGGAGAGAUCGUGCAUCGCGUGCUCCCCUCCCUGGAGAAACACCUGGAGAAGGACAGAGGGAAGACGACUCUUCUGAUGCUGGCACCAGGAGGGCCUGUGGAUAUGGGCUCCUCCACAGGCCUCGGAGCCCCCGGAACCAGGGCCCAUGCAGGCCAUCCCAGCCUGGGGGCCACGGCUGAAGACUUCCCUACUGGCAUGGCAGCCCCACGCACUCCGGGGACAGUCACAGGCUGGAGAUGGCCAGAGCCAGCCCUGGGCUGGGAGACCAGGCCCGUGUGCCCUCCCUGGCCCGAGGCCUCCUUACCUCCUAUGCCAUGGGGCACCUGGAUGAUGGGUGCCUCCUGGAAGAGAGGCCAUGCCCACCACGUGUCCUUCCCAG